AAGCGAGCGAAUGAGAGAGAGAGCAAGCGCUCGAAGUGGAGUGAACGAGGAAAGGAUUGAAGGAGAGAGACAUGACAAAAUAUCAAAAGAGGGAAAGCACGCUGUACCAUGCGAGCUAAAUUUGUGACCGCUGGAAUUGAGGAUGUCGGAUUAAUGGUGACUAUCAUAACCCGUUUUCGCAGAGGAAGCUUUUCGAUUGGAACUUUCGAACAGAAGGUCCGCGGGGAAACAUGGCCGAAGGAGGGGCGGGUAAAGGUGGCGGAGAAGACGAAGCCAAGUCGACGGAGCAAGAAGAGCGAAUUCGGCCCCAGCUUCUGUCAGGAACAGGCCACUGCAAGUGGUUUAAUGUUCGAAUGGGGUUCGGAUUUAUAUCAAUGACCAGCAGCGAGGGGAGCCCCGUAGAUCCCCCUCUGGACGUAUUUGUUCACCAAAGUAAACUGGUGAUGGAGGGCUUCCGCAGCCUGAAGGAGGGCGAGCAGGUGGAGUUCACCUUUAAGAAGUCCUCCAAGGGCCUGGAGUCCCUGUGGGUGACGGGGCUGGGUGGGGGACCGUGUGCGGGCAGCGAAAGGAGACCCAAAGGGAAGGUCCCGCCCCAGAAGAACCGCAAACCAAAGGGAGACCGCUGUUAUAACUGUGGAGGUCUGGACCACCAUGCCAAGGAGUGUGGCCUGCCCCCCCAGCCAAAGAAAUGCCACUACUGCCAGAGCAUCAAGCACAUGGUGGCCCAGUGUCCCCACAAGGUGCUGGCGGCCCCCACAGGCUUUCAGGACCCCCUGCACCCCUCUACCUCGACCCACCUGUACCCCGCCGACGAGGAGGAGCGCUCGGGCUCGUCCCCCCUUGAGGGCCCCUCGCCCUCCCCAGAGGAGCUACCCCAGUCACACCGCGUUGGCCCCCAGAGGGGGAGGAAAUAGGGGGAGAGCUGUACCUCCCGACCCCUGACUCUCCUCACCUAAGGAAACCCCCUUAACCCCCACCCCUAAUCUACCUCGCAUUUGUGGAAAUAAUAGGUCUAUUUUUGGCAGGACCAGCGCAGCUAUGGCAACAAUCGUCAGGGGUACGGAUGUAUGUGACUGACUGGCUGUGGCAGCUAUGACAACCAUUGCUGGGGAUAUGGAUGCAUGUGAAUGACUGUCUCUUUGUGUGUGACUGGUCUCAAUCAGUGCAGCUCAAGAGACGAUAUGGUCUUAAAGAGAAACAAGGUUGGCGGUGAAUCUAAUGACUCUCUGGGUUAGAUGACUUUCUGGGUUAGAUGACUGUCUGGGUUAGAUGGCUCUCUGGGUUAGAUGGCUCUCUGGGUCAGAUGACUGUCUGGGUUAGAUGACUGUCUGGGUUAGAUGACUCUCUGGGUUAGAUGACUCUCUGGGUUAGAUGACGUCAUCCAUAACUCUUUCUGUGGCAAUUUCUGAAUAGGACUCACUUCUCUUUUAGAUUUUGGUCCACCUGGUUCAUAUUUAUAUUAUAUAACCGUUCCAAAGGUCAUGAUGCGGCGAUCCAGCAGAGUUAAUUUUAAGCAUUAAGGAUUUUUAAUAAGGCCUUGAUGUAGGCCAGUGCUUCUUAAUCCUGUGUAUUUUAGUUGUAUCCUUCGCAUCUACACACUAGAUUCAACUAAUCAACUCACCACCAACUUUUUGAUUAGAGUUCUACUUUUUUUCUAAGAGUGUGGGAUCAGGAUUGAUAGGCCCUGUAUCAAAACAAUGGAACCUCAACCAAUCAGAAGCUCAAUUAUUCUUUAAUGUGGCCUAUCCAAUCAGUGUAGAGGAGAUUACCAUGGAUACCAGAGUGAAUGUCAUACCUACCAGUAGCCUAACUGUCACUCCUAAACCACAGAAUAUUUCCUAGUUCAGUGGUACUGACAAUUGACUGCAGAGUGCAUAGCAUUGAAUCCAGGCAUGUUUGCAUACUUGCUUGUGUGCGAGUGGGGUUGUGUGUGUGGGGGGGGGGGUUGUGAGUGGAGUUGUGUGUGUGUGUGUGUGGGCUUUUGUGUAUGUGUGUGUGCUUUUGUGU